GGGACCGGAGUAAGAGAGAGAGAGCGCGGACGCGGAGGGAAGACGGGACGGAGACAUUACCGAAGGGGGGGCUCAGGCCUGGGGCGGCCAAACCGGGAGAAGGAGCAUCUGUGGGACGGAAGGUGGAUCAGCUACUUCGACCAAAAACACUCAUUUUGUUCACAUUUAUUUAUAAAUGUGUCACAAAUAGUCAGGAGUGAUUUUAAUGAUGCCAUCCAACGCUGCAACCCCAGAGUUAAAGACGACAGACCUAGACUGUGACGCAGCGGCGAAAAAAACGACUUCCGAACAGAAUCAGGAAGUGUGUGAGGUCAUGCAGGAAGAGGCCGCUCUGGACACACCGGCUCGCAGGGCAGGACGACCGAUCCGCAAGCGCAGACCUCCAGUGGUGGACAGCUGUGAGUCUGUAAAAGAGGGCGUGGCCGGCGUUAAGGAGGCAGAGUGUCACAGUGAAAAUGAGAGCAGAGUUUCCCAAGGUGCUAUGCAGGGGCAUGACUCCUCCCCUGACUCCUCUCUUCAAAAUGGAUCAGGAAAGGCUGAUCAGGAGGAACUACGGAGGAAACGCGGCCGGCGAAAACUCGAGCGCCCAGAAAAACAUGUAGAAGAGGAUGGUAGCAGCAGUGAUACCAGUAGAGGAGAGAGUGAGGCCGGGCGGGUCCGGACCCGUCAGGGACGAGACAUCAGCCUCCGCCGCAGACCUGUACCCAGAAUCACCUUCCAGGCUGGAGACCCUUUCCACAUGAGCAAAAAAGAAAGAGAGGAGCUGUUCGCUGACUGGAAAAAAGAAGAGGAGGAGAAGAAAGGCCACCUGGCGCCGGACAUGAACGAUGCCAUGGCUGACCAUUCAGAUGAAAACACUCUGAGAAAGGAGGAGGAGCCAGCGGCUAGCAGUGUCCCGCCCACUCCCGCACCACAGACUCCACCCCCUCAGCAGCACACAGACCCCGCCUCCCCAACAGUUGCUACGACACCUGAGCCGGCUCCUGUGGCUUACAUUAACAAAGAACUGCGCAAGUCUGCAGAGGCAGAGCAGGAGUACGAGGAUGGGCGUGGUUUCGGCAUCGGGGAGCUGGUGUGGGGGAAGCUGCGUGGCUUCUCCUGGUGGCCUGGACGCGUCGUGUCCUGGUGGAUGACGGGACGUAGUCGAGCUGCAGAAGGAACCAGAUGGGUCAUGUGGUUUGGAGAUGGAAAAUUCUCAGUGGUGUGUGUGGAGAAACUGUUGGCUUUGAGUUCAUUUUCUACUGCCUUUCAUCAGCCAACCUACAGCAAACAGCCCAUGUACAGAAAAGCUAUUUAUGAGGUGCUACAGACGGCCAGUACACGGGCGGGGAAGCCGUUUCCGGUGUGUACAUCAAGCGAUGACUCUGACACAGGGAAGAGUGUUGAGCAUCAGACCAGAGCCAUGAUUGAGUGGGCCAGUGGAGGAUUUCAACCCACAGGAGCCAAAGGCCUGGAACCACCGCCUGCUGAGCGGAAUCCCUACACUGAAGUGUAUCCUGAGAUGUGGGUGGAACCUGAAGCUGCAGCGUACUCAGCUCCACCUGCCAAGAAACCCAGGAAGGGCAGCAUGGAGAAGCCAAAAAUCAAAGAGAUUAUAGAUGAAGGGACCAGAGAGAGGUUGGUGUACGAGGUGCGUCAGAAGAGCAGGAAUAUCGAAGAUAUGUGUAUAUCCUGUGGAAGUCUGAAUGUGUCACUCGAACAUCCGCUCUUCUUCGGAGCCAUGUGCCAGAGCUGUAAGAACUGCUUCCUGGAGUGUGCGUACCAGUACGAUGAUGACGGAUACCAGUCUUACUGCACCAUCUGCUGUGGGGGGCGAGAGGUUCUCAUGUGUGGCAACAACAACUGCUGCAGGUGUUUUUGUGUGGAGUGUGUGGACCUGCUGGUGGGCACCGGUUCGGCACAGGCUGCCAUAAAUGAGGACCCAUGGACCUGUUACAUGUGCAACAAUAAGGGUGUGUUCGGUCUGCUCCGGCGCAGAGAUGACUGGACGUCACGUCUCCAGCUGUUCUUCGCCAACAAUCACGAUCAAGACUUUGAGCCUCCUAAACUGUACAGCCCUGUACCAGCGGACAAGAGGCAGCCAGUCAGAGUGCUCUCCUUGUUUGAUGGCAUUGCGACAGGUCUCUUGGUGUUGAAGGAUCUGGGUAUUCAGGUGGAGCGCUACAUUGCAUCUGAGGUGUGUGAGGACUCAAUUACUGUGGGGAUGGUGAGACACCAGGGACGCAUCAUGUACAUGGGGGAUGUCCGCAAUGUUACACGCAAACAUAUCCAGGAGUGGGGUCCAUUUGAUCUGGUGAUAGGUGGAAGCCCCUGCAAUGAUCUCUCCAUCGUCAACCCAGCCAGAAAAGGACUCUUUGAGGGUACCGGACGGUUGUUUUUUGAGUUUUAUCGCUUGCUGCAUGAGGCUCGUCCCAAGGAAGGAGACAAUCGGCCGUUCUUCUGGCUCUUCGAAAACGUCGUUGCUAUGGGAGUCAGUGACAAGAGAGACAUCUCACGCUUUCUUGAGUGCAACCCAGUAAUGAUUGAUGCCAAGGAGGUGUCUGCUGCCCACCGUGCCCGCUACUUCUGGGGCAACCUGCCCGGCAUGAACAGGCCGUUGUCUGCAAUGGUAAAUGAUAGACUGGACCUGCAAGACUGUCUGGAACAUGGACGCACAGCCAAGUUUGAUAAACUUCGAACCAUCACCACUCGCUCCAACUCCAUCAAACAGGGCAAAGACCAGCACUUCCCCGUCUAUAUGAACAACAAGGAGGACAUCCUCUGGUGCACUGAGAUGGAAAGGGUGUUUGGCUUCCCAGUCCAUUACACAGAUGUGUCCAACAUGAGUCGUCUGGCCAGACAGAGGCUUCUGGGUCGAUCAUGGAGCGUCCCAGUGAUCCGUCACCUGUUUGCGCCACUGAAGGAAUACUUUGCGUGUUACUGAAGCCCCUCCGUGCCAUCCGAUGACUCGCUCCACCCCUCGUUUGCAUCGCAACCAAGCUCCACCCCCACUUUACAUUUUUUUGGUAGUUGCCUGACGACCUACUGGUGCUAUUCAUCAGAAACUACGUAGUCUCACUUUUUCUUGUCAUGUCAGCUAUUUAUUGAAGACAAUGUAGGUGUUCUUUUGAUUUUACAGACUUCUUAGAUUUAGUGAUCGGCACAUUUUAUCUGUGAUAGCAAGGCUUCUCUGACGUUUGGGAGAUGUGUGUGUGUGUGUGUGUGGGGUGUGUGUGAGGAUAGUUUUUUAGAGCACAAAACAGGUCAGCUGGUUUAAGGGUCAGGGCAUCUUCUAAAACUACAUCCCACACACACUGAUGUCCAGGGGCCACUUUACAGAAACAGCUUGACUCAGAGGUCCUAACUUAGCCGCUUGAUAGUCAUGAUGACUUUAUUUAUCAUAAUAGCAUAAUGUUUUUUUUAACCUUGUCAUUUUUAAUACUAAAAGCAUCCCAACUUUGAAGGUUUGCUAAUUUUAUAAGAUCACAAGUCUUGUAGUGACAGACGUGACCUCAUAACAACACUAGAGAAUCUUUUUAAAACAUUUUAUACACUGUGGUAAAAAUUGGCCGCAGGCUGUGUCCAGACUUUUUGGAGAUGAAAAAGAAAAUGAGGACAUCCUCACAAAAUCAGGCACAUGACCAUUCAAACAAGACAUGAAACAUCAUGGUAAAACAUUAAAGGUUUGACCCUUGACUUAAUUUGCUGUAGAAACCCAAAUUGUUACAUUUAUUCAUUAUUUAUUAUAUCUGAUGCAUUUUGAAGACAACUUUAUCCAAACCACAGUUGUUACUGGCUACCAGUUGAGGGCUAAGGGCCUUGCUCGAGGGUCCAGCGGUGUCAGCUACUUGGAAGUGGUGCUUUAACAAUUUGAACUUGCAAUUAAUAUUCCAGCUCUGAGCUGCCACCACCCUGGAGAAUGAGAACAGUUAUUAUGAAACUGCACAAAGGAAUGUUUCUGUAAAUCGGCCCCUGAUAUUCAUCAUACAACACACACAGUAAGCUGAGGGUGGCCUUGUGCCCAAACACACACACACACACACACAUACAAACACACUUACACACCAGCUAAUACACUGUUUACAGUUCAACCAUGGUACUAUACAACUCUACUAUACAGCUCUCUGCUGUUACAACUGCUGAUACAACAACACUCUGGUGCUCUUCCUCACUUAUUCUUUUCUUCUGUUCUGUUUCUCUUUCUACUUGGUCUCUUUUUUGUACCGCUUCCUCCCUCUCAGCAAUACCAAUGCAGACACACACUGAUGAGGCCUUAAUGGUAGGGCGCGCACACACACAACACACACAAAACACAAACACACAGACCAGAACUCACAAAGCUAAGUUAGAAACUUGUGGAUACAGCACAUUUACUCUCACAGGGCGGCCACAUACUUCAAACAUCAAAUGAGCAAAGAAACAAAAAAAACUGUGACGAACACGUACGGUCUGAUCACACCAGAAACGAACGCUCGCCUUGCUUUGCAAAGUUGGCAUGAUUGGACUGAGAUGGGGGAUUGGGGGAAUCAACAAAUUUAGAGCUGGCAAAGUUAGCAAGAAAAGCAAACCAAAACAAACAAAUGAAAAACCCUCUAUAUGAAUUUGUUUGACUUUUUUGAAUGAAUAAUUAAGUUAAACAGACAGAGGAACAAGGAACCAAACGACUGCCCCUCCAUUCAGUGACGUGCCACUUUCUGCAGCACGUUUAGAGCAAACACAGGGCUACGAACCAAAGAUGAUCUUUCUUCUGAAAAGACAUGCUUUGUUGUUUCAAGUAUGUUGUUGGCUUUACACACACACACACACAUGAAAGCAGACAGGAUGCUCAAUCAGGGGUGGAUUAACACAAAGGCUAGUUGUUGCCGAGGGGCCCCCAUUUCCUGAAAUCAUCCCCAGGCCUAGAUUUUUUACGAACCUGAACCUGUCAAUUCAUUAUUGGUUUAUUUAGAUAAGCUUGCAGUUUAGAUUUAGUAAACUAUAUGUGUGUGUGCAGUAGGUACCCUGGUCACAACAGCGGUUACAGCAACAAUGCAAAAAGGAAAUACACUUCGCUCUCACAGAAUUGAUCAGAUUUUAUGUUUGGAUUAACAUCCAGUGUAAAUUGUUGUUAGACUGAGUCUGACCCUGAGCUAUCACUGAGAACUACAGCCUCACAAUCUGUACUAGAAGAAACUGAAAGUAUUUAUGACUUAAAUAGUGCAUGCCCUGUUCCUAAAACACUGUAUCAGACCAGACUGAAGCCCUGUCCACAUAACUACAGAUUUAUUUUUACAUAGACAAAACAUUUUGGAAUAUCACUCCAUCCUCAUACACACUCUGACCUGAGCAUGCCUGGUCAAUAGGUGUACAGAUAUUGCAUCAUUAUACUUAAGAUAAAGAGCCUAAAGAAGAACACUAUGAGCAUGCAUACUGUGCAAUAUAUGGGUUAUAUGAAGCACUGUGCACAGUACGUUGUGGCAUCUCACCGGACAGUGUACAGCUACACUGAUACUAUGUUUGAAUGUAAAUAUGCAAUCUGGCCACAAAAUAUAACCAGGUUGUCUUUGGUCAGGGCGCAUUCUGUAUACAGUGGAACCUCAAUUUAACAGACCUCCAUUUAAUGGAUUUCGGAAAACUAAAUGUCUGGUCCGAUUGUUUAAAAUUCCUGCGAGAAGCGAACCAAGUCCAGUAGUUCAGUAAAUGUCCACUGGUCGACGCAGGUCUCUCUGUUAACAUGAGUGAUAGAUGUUAUUUUUGUCAGCAGACUCGCUUUGUUCUCGCCUAUUUCUCGGUGUUUUAUGCUUAGUUAUGCACCAGCACUGUCCCCACUAUAUGAUCACGGCAAAAAAAGCCUGAAAUUUCCUACCAGUAGUACAGUACACCAUUUUUUAUAUUUAUUUACAGGUUUUACAUUACAUAUUUAUAUAUCUAUUUACAUUGUUUAUUUUACUGUUAAUUUUAUGUGCAUGUUUAGCACUUUUAUGACCCUUAGUGCUGCGUUUUCGUAUGUUUUCGCACCCCAUGGAAAAAAACCUUGCUGUUUCUGACAAUCGCAUUUUACGGACCAGUGCUCCCCCUUUUAGUCCAUUAAAUCGAGGUUCCUCUGUACUUCCAAAACAGCAAUAUCAUGCACACGCUGAUGUUAUGAUGUCAGAAAUCUCUUCGUUUUUAGUGACCUAAAAUCCUGUUUUUGUGUGGACAGGAGGACUAAACUCGUACCUGGUCUGGUAGUAGAAAGGACGUAAACUAAAAGUAGGAGAUCAAACUCUAAAUGUCACCUGGGGGCCCCUGAUCACCUUAAUCUGCCGCUGUUCUCAUCCUGUCUGGACUGGAAUUGUAUUCGUACCAGGCUGUGAUGCAAUACCUCUAAAUCUUCUGAUAAUAAUCCGGUGUGGUAAACAAGGUGGUCUUCCCUCCUGAGCUGGUUCCCCUUACAAAUGCGCCCCCUUUAAAGUUAUGCUAUCGAGCUAGGGCUAGCUAGUUAGCGAGGUGAUGUAGGUAAUGUUUAGCGUCUGCAAUAAUUGCCUCUCAGUGUAACACCAGCUUAUAUUCACUGUAUCUAUUCCAAUUUAUACAGUAGUAGUAGCAAGAUAGCUAGUAACAAGUAAUUAAGCGUUUUUAUUAAACCGUAGCCAGCUAGCAAUACUUUAGUUUCCACCCACUAGCUAAGUCUCUUCUGCUACCAGGCAGCUCCCAACCAGGAAGGGUGAGGACUAACAUGUGCUUCCUUUGAGACAGGCAAAGCCAGCAACUUUUUACAACCUUUGCUCGUACAACGUUACAGGGCAACCAUUAAACCAUGUCAUUGUGCUAACACAAUGGCAUCUUUAACACGAGUGCAGAACCUCGGCAUGGGCUACCAGUUCAGUUACCACACCGGAAAGAGCGCUGUUUUUACUCAAGUUUUAUAGAAAGAGAGCGUUCGCUGCACUACCCCCCUGCACCAACAGGGUCAGCAAAAUAAAUACGAAUCUAUCCUUCCACAAAGCACUUCGGUGAUGGUAGAGACCACCAGCCGAGUUCAUUUCCGCUGUAAACACUUUAAACUAUGAGAUCUCAUCUAAUAGGAUUUUUACUGUACUGUGUUUGUGCUAGCAUAUGUUCACGUCGAGUUAUUACGAGUUCUUAAUAUCUGACAUGCUUGCCCCCCUCCCCAUGCAUCUAUAGGAAAUACUGCCAGGGUGCUGGCUUCGAAUUCUCUUCCUAUUCUUACUUUCCUUCCUUCCCUGUUGGUUCUGGGAUCAGGCUUGUGUUAGCCUGAAUGCUAACUUCAGUUCUUCUUAAACUCCAGUUACAAUAGAACAUCUGAGUUCUGGUUCUCAUUUGGAAAGAUGCUGAUACAUUUCUGUCAGGAUUCUGGGAAAGUGGCCUCUGCUGUCUGAUGUUGUGAAAACCGGUCACAUGGUGCUCCCAGAAUUCUUUUGCAUUAGGUGGGCGUGGCCUCUUGCGGUGUGUAGGUGCUCAACAAUGUGCACACACCUUUCACUUAUCAAUCUGGAUUACUGUAUUCACCUCUUUCAGAUCAGAGGUAAAUGGACAUUGGUGCUUAUGGGUGAUUUGUUGUGGGCGUGGCCUCUUAUGGUGUUAAGGUGCUCAACUGUGUACACACUUUUCUGUGAAUCAGUAGGAUACAGUACUGGCCUGAAUAUAAUCAUUUUUCCCUCCAAAAUAACUUUUGAAAGAUGUAGGGUCUGAUUAUAUUUACAUCAUUCAGCCAUAACAGCAGGUGGCGCCCUUUUGGCAGAACAGGACCCCAAUGUUUUGUAGUUUUUUCUUUGUUAUUGAAAACUGCUGUUUGUAAGGAUUUCCUGGUAAAUAUUUUAGCAUCACACACACUUAUUAUGUAUGCUGGAGAAAAAAGGAGUUGCUUAUAAUCUGACGAGAACAGUUGUCGCUACUUUAAUAUAGGAGGUUUAUGGCCAUAGGUGCUUAUGGAUGCUUUCUAGUAAAGCCGAGAUGAUUUGGUGGAUGUAGCCUCUUGUAGUGGGUUGGUGCGCACUCAACGUCCAGUUCUUAAUAUGUACACCGCAUUAGCUGAGAUGUAUUUGGUUGCUUGUGUCUUAAAAUUGUGGGGUCUUCCUUUAUGCACUCCUUUGUUUAUUCAAAACAGCUGAGGGCGCUAGGUAGAUUUACGUGAUUGGUGUAUAAAUGCUCAAUCGUGUACAUACUUGGCUUGAAUGUAAUCUAUAUAGCCUUGUGCAUGCUUUUCAUCCACAACAGCAGAGGGCGCUAUAUUACGUUUGUAAAAUUAAACACGCGUGAGAUUCAAGGAAAAAUUCCGGGUUUAGAAUCUGGAUCAGUUUAUAUUCAGGCCAGUACGGUGAUGUAAUCUGGGUUACUGCAUCCACCUCUUUAAGAUCCGAGGUUAACGGACAUUGGUGCUUUUGGAUGAAGGGUCUAUUUCAGUGGGCGUGGCAUCUCUGGGUGUGUAGGUGCUCGCAGUGCACACACCUAUUUGUUACCAGUCUCAAACAUAAUAUCUGGAUUACUGUACUCUCACCGUGCUGUUGUCCACUUCUUUCCGAUCAGAGGUCGACAUUCUGGUGCUUACGGAUGCUUUCUUGAGAAGCUAAAUUUUCUUUCUAUUUUAUCUUUUCUGUUUUUGAAAUGCAGAAAUAUGAAGUUUAGACUCUCGUCUCUAAACUUAAGCUCUAAACUACGGUUAAGAAUUUCCUGGGCCACUUUUUUAGACACAGAUUAUCGCUAAUCCUUCAGGCUUUUGAGAACAAGUGCAUCAGAAAAUCUAAGUGAGGAAGAUGAUCACCACUGAGAUGGUCUGAACAGAAACGGAGCUACUGAACCACAUUAAGUCUUGAUAUUUACGUAACUUGGGGAAUGUGAUGAGGUUCCCACAUGACCACAUUGAAGGCAGUGUUAUGACUUACGAAGGGGCUCAGAAGAACAAGAAUAAGCUGUAUCGAUGUCAUGACUUGGAUUGGAGAAAGCUGACCCAUCUGUGCAGCCAACCAUCGUAGUGACUUUAAAUUAAAUACUGUAUUAACAAAGAACGCUUGUUUAGUGAAGGUCAAUAGUUCAUUACUGCUGCUACUUCUUUUUAAGCAUCCAGCCAAAUCUGCACCCCACUCGACAUUGCCUGAAAUGCUAAAAGUGCUCCAAAAAGUCCCUUAAAUUAUUUGUAAUUGGUUAAAACUGGUUUCCCCCAUUUUUUGGGGGAAAUUUCCACCACCGUACCUAUUCCACACUCCCAAUCCCCAUGUUUUUUCCACCAACAUUUUAUAAGCAAUCAAGAAGCUGAAUAAAAUACCCUGCACCAACAAAACUUUUCACCUCCUGAGCGAAUAUAUAGCUCCAUUUUUAUCUUCUCAUCUCAUUGUGUCAGCUUGUCUACACUGAUGAGCCAAAACAUUAGGACCACCCGAGCAUGGCAAUGUGUGAGGGAUCUGUUACACGUUGUACUGAUGGUAGUUCCUCAAAGUUUCUGUGCUGGAUGCAGCAGAUCUGAUCAGCAUAAAUACCUCAGUGACGUCCAUGUGGACCAAAUCAUUAUAGGCAGUCGAUUUGGUUGAAUCACUGAAACAACAAGGCGUGAGUACCCACUGACAGUGGUCCGAGGAGGGACAAGCCACUAGGUCACCCAAGACUUAUUGAUGCCAGCGGACAUGAAGGCUGUGGUGUCUGGUAUGGAUCAACAGAAGAUCUACUGUGGCUCAAAUUGGAGAUCAUUUUAAUCCAGGUGAUGAGGUUAAUGUGUCCCGAACACAGUGCUUCAAACCCUUCGGUGUACGGGGCAUGAUAACCCCUGUCCACAGUUAAAGGCUUUAACCCCGGAGCAGUGGAAGAAGGUCUGGAUGCUUGUGCAUGAGAUUCACCCAGGAAAGAGAUGGCAACAAAAGAGUUAAAAGACUCGGAGGUCUUGUGGAGUCCAUGCCUCAGUGGGUCAUAACGUUCAUAUUGUGUAGUAGGUAUUAUAGGAAUUACGGCUCUGUUCAUGACUGGUUAUAAUGUGCGUCUUGAAAAGUGGCCUGCAACGAAUUAACAUCCAGACUGCUUAAGCUAAGCUAAGCUAAACCAAGCUUAGCAAAUGCUGAAGGUUGCAUUAGCUGCUGUGUCGCAUGCAGAUUCAAAAGGUGAAGUAAAUCUCAGGCCCACUUGCAUUUGUUCCAGCUGUACUUUCUGUGUGGCCAAAACUGCGAACAGACUCUGGACUAUCAUCGUUCAAGCUCCGGGUUCAGCAGUAAACAAACUGUACAUAGAAACGUUCGCUUUCUGUUAGCAUUUGAUCAUGUUUUGUGCUGUUUUACAAUUUGUUUAGGCUAAUUUCGGUGUGAUCCUAGGCCGACGUGCGAUACUUGUUAGCGUAGCUGUGAGUUGUGAGUAGGAGACUGGCCAAAGGUGGAGCUUGAUAUAAUAAGCUGGUGGUGGUGACGGUGGUGGUGGUGAUUAUGAGGGGCUUGUCUAUAGACAAGGACGCCCUGUUGUUUUUCUUUUUUAUGUAUUUAUGAAUUGUCAAAAAUCAGAGGAUUGACCAUUUACGAUCAAACCAAUAACAGCUUUAAAGGUUAUUUUGGGAUUUCAAUCUUCACAGAGAAGGCGGUGUUUCAAAAAAGGUGCUAUACAAUUUAUUCUUACAUGAGAAAUUAAAAUACAAAAUAAAUAAAAACAGAAGUGAAAUAUAUUGUUGGGAAUUUAAGGGUCGACCGGUCUUGACAAUGACUGUUUUUAUGUUGUGGUAGUGAUGAUAAAAGCACUAUUAUUUUACUCUUUUAUGAAUAUAUUAACAAAUUGCAUUUUAACUUUGUACUUGAUGAAGAUGUAAAAGUAGAAGAAAUGAAAUAAAAUGGAGAAAUUUCACGUGUUUUAGCCUAGAUGUCACUGUAGUACGAGCGUCUCGAUGAGGAAGUCGUUCUGUCAUUCGCUCCAUCCUGAAGGUUCUGUGCACUGAUACAACAGGGUGCAUCCCAAAGCUCUAACUGAUGCCUCCUUGAUUUCUAGUUCUUCAAUCCAUCACAGAGCAGACACAUGUUCACACACACACACACACACUCAGACUUGAGGCAAUUUUAGUAGCUUCAAUUGGCUUGACUGCACGUCUUUGGACUUGUGGGAGAAAAACGGAGCACCCGGAGGAAACCCACACAGACACAGGGAGAACAUGCAAACUCCACCCAGAAAGGACCCUGGCUUCCCAGCUGGGAAAGCAAACUCAUGCCCUUCUUGUUGUGAGGAGACAGCGCUACCCACUGUGCAACCGUGCCGCCUAUAAUCAGAUCAGGACAAUUUAUUUGUACAAUUUAGUUAGUAAUAUUUAAUUAUUACUAAUGAUGAUUAGCUUUUUGUUCACUACAUACCAAAAUGUGGACACCUGUACUAGUUACUGAGUUCAGGUGUUUCAGCCACACCCUUUAAUUCUAUAAGAUACAGUAUAUGCUGCCCUGUGAUGGAUUGGUGUCCUGUUUUGUGUGUGUUACUACGGUGUGCCCAGUAAUCCCGGAAAAAACGGCCCCACCGCCCCGCUGAUCAGAAUUUUCAAAAUGAUAUACUUCCAACUUCAAGUUUGCUGCAUUUGGUGUGGAAGAACUCCAGGCCUCAACUCCACUGAACACCUUUGGGAUGAACUGGAAUGUUGAUAGGGAGCCAGGCCCUUCCCUCCAACAUCAGUGCCUGACUAUGGAAAUGCUUUUUUGACUUGUGAAACGUCCCACAGACACAGAGCCAAAAGAGUGAAGGCUGUUACAUCUGCAGCGGGCUGGAGAACCAAUACGCACAUAAUUUUGGAAUGCGAUGUCCAAGUAGCUCACCCCAGUGGUCCACAUACUUCUGGUCAUAUAAUGUGAAGCAGAUUAUUGCAGAAGAACAUGCUACGUUCUCUGCAUUUCACACAGGUUCCUCAAACAGACAGUAGGAGUCGCUGUUGCAGCAGCAUGGAGGUGUUUCCCUAUCUGGGCUUCCUUUUUCUGACUCACCUCACCAUGCUGUUAUAUAAGACUCAAACGCUGAUCUCUGCUGUGGAGGGCUAGUGCAUUCAACCGCUGCGGCACCCAAGUGCCCAGAAUCAUUUUCUAGAAAUUGCUAGAAAUCAAGGAGGUGAGAUUAAAGAAAUGGGACGCACCCAUUAUGUAACCCUGUUAUCCUCAUCAGCCAAAACUACAUUACCCAACAUUCCUUGCUCUCUUCAUAUAGUCCAGCUUCAUAUAGUCCAGCUUCAGUUGGAUCCGACUGUAAUGUUAUAUCGUUUUUUAUAUGAUUGUUGUUGCCUCAAUAUUUAUUGAAUUACAGACGUGCUUCGACCUUCUGUCCUUCAUUUAGUCCGUCAGAUCCUUCUGUCUCUCGCUCUUUCUCUCCCUCCUUCAUCCUUCCUCUCCUUCAUUCUCUCACUCUCCAUCUGUAUCUGCAGUUCUGAUGUUAUUCGAACCUCGUGAGGAUAAUGUGGAGAGGGAGAGCGAGAGAAUGGUUGAGGAACAGAAAGACUCCCUUCUGAUGUAUUUGUGCUGGGGAACACUUGAAAUAAAUGUAAUGUUUUUUGUGCAAAACA